GGCUGUGGCUCGGGCCUCCAGGCAGCUCCGUUGGCCGCUUGAAGUGCAAGAUCCGACUGCAGUGUGGGACCGCGGUGCCUUGGGCUCCCCAGGCAGAGGGAGGACCAGGACAAUGGCUGUUGCUCACGAGAUGGAGAUGGAGAGUGUGAAUCUGAACAUGGAGAGAGAGGGAAAGGAAGAACUGGAGGAGGAAAAAAUGAAAGGGGAGGGGGAAGGUAAAGACUUCCCCAGGAGCAGAAAGGUCCACAGGAUCGUCUCCAAGUGGAUGCUUCCUGAGCCAGUCCGAAGAACAUACUUGGAGAGAGCCAACUGCCUCCCGCCGCCCCUGUUCAUCAUCCUCAUCAGUCUGGCUGAGCUGGCUGUGUUUAUUUAUUAUGCGGUGUGGAAGCCCCAGAAGCAGUGGAUCACCCUGGACACGGGCAUCUUGGAAAGUCCCUUGACGUACUGCCCUGAGAGGAGGGAGGAAGCCUGGAGGUUUAUCUCAUACAUGCUGGUCCAUGCCGGAGUCCAGCACAUCGUGGGGAAUCUUUUUAUGCAGAUUGUCCUGGGUAUUCCCUUGGAAAUGGUCCACAAAGGCCUCCGAGUGGGGCUGGUGUAUCUGGCAGGAGUGCUUGCAGGUUCCCUGGCCAGCUCCAUUUUUGAUCCCCUUAAGUCUCUUGUGGGAGCUUCAGGAGGAGUCUAUGCAUUGAUGGGAGGAUAUUUUAUGAAUGUUAUAGUGAACUUUCGAGAAAUGAUUCCUGCCUUAGGAAUCUUCAGACUACUCGUGAUCAUUCUGAUAGUUGUGACAGACAUGGGAUUUGCUCUCUACAGAAGAUUCUUUGUCCCUGCAAAUGGGUCUCCGGUGUCCUUUGCUGCUCACAUUGCAGGAGGAUUUGCUGGGAUGUCCAUAGGUUACACUGUGUUCAGCUGCUUUGACAAGACCCUGCUCAAAGACCCCAGGUUCUGGAUUGCAAUUGCUGCAUAUGUAGCUUGUCUCUUAUUUGCUGUGCUUUUUAACAUCUUUCUGUCCCCAGCAAACUGA